GAACUUUCCCUACCCCAGAAUGCCUUGCCUGAUUUCAUAUUGUACCGGGCGGGGUGAGAGGGCAGGAUUGUGUAAUAAGAAGGGGAGAACUGUAAGAAUGCUCACAUAAUCGGGAAGUCUACGGUCUCGUCAUGAGGGAGAAGAGAAUGAAGCGGCGGCGAGUGGGAGGGAGACAGGAAGCGGCAGAUGCAGUAAGAUGUAUGAUGUCAUCAUCCUCUAACAGUUAUUCGUUGGAUGGAAGCUUUUCUCCUAAGGCUGGCACAAGCAAAUUGCAGAGUUAUAGAACAUCAACAGAUGCAUCCCCAGACUCAAAGUGCCCAAUAUGUUUGGACAGAUUUGACAAUGUGUCACAUCUUGAUCAAUGUCUGCACAAAUUUUGUUUUCGUUGCAUUCAAGAGUGGGCAAAGAACAAAGCCGAAUGUCCUCUAUGCAAACAACCAUUUUACUCCAUUUUCCAUAGUGUCAAAGCAGAGGAUGAUUUUAAAGAAUAUGUCUUGAGGCCUACAGUGAAUGGCUCAUUUGCCAGUCCUGAUGGACAUAGAUUUCGUUAUCGCACAACUAUAACUAGAGACCACCAUGUACCCAUUCGCCCAUUAAGGUCUUCAAACACUCAAAGGACAUUUUCACCUCCUGACAAUGGGAUUUUAUUUGAAGGGUUUUCAAAUCAGUCAUUUCAUCAAAGAGGUGAAGAAAUCCACCAGAUGAUAAGAAGGCUAGCUUCCAGACGACAAGCCAGUGCAGAAGGUCGUUCUAUGAGACAAAUUCAAGAGCAAGAACUCAUUAACUUCAGAAGGGCAUUGUACCGGUCUGGAAUACGUGUCAGAAAUAUCCAGGAUGGAGGACGUUACAGAGAUAUUUCUGCUGAGUUUUUCCGGCGUAAUCCUGCUUGCCACCAUCGGCUAGUACCAUGGUUGAAAAGAGAAUUGACAGUCCUCUUUGGUAGCCAUGGUUCGCUUGUUAACAUUGUACAGCAUAUUAUUAUGAGUAAUGUUGCACGAUAUGACAUGGAAAGUCAAGCAUUUAUUGAGGAUCUUCGACCAUUUUUGCUUCACCGCACAGACCAUUUCAUACAUGAGUUUGUCAAUUUUGCCCGAUGCCCUUACAAUAUUGAAGCAUAUGAUCAGCAUUCAAACUAUGAUUGUCCCGCUCCUUCAUAUGAGGAAGAAAGUCGAUCUGAGUCAUCUGUCAUAACAAUAUCGCCAGAUGAAGCAGAUACCAGAGAUCCAGAUAUUGCUUCUGCUGCUAUAGGUGUUGGCCAGACAUCUUGGGACGAUGAGACACCUGGUCCCUCUUAUUCCACAUUGGAGCAAGCCUCAGCUACUGCAUCCACUACACUAGAUAUCUCAGAAAGCUCAGAUGAUGAGCCACCCAGCAUCACACAGAUUUCACAAGAUUUGUCCAAUAGUGAAACAACUGAUAUCCUGCAGGAUCAGUCCUUACCAGCUGAUGACUGUGUUAUAGUAGGCUAUGUUAAACCACUGGCAGAAAGAACUCCAGAAUUAGUUGAAUUAUCAUCUGACUCUGAGAGCUCCUUGUGUGAGAUUAAAACAGAAGAUACAAAAAAGCCUCUGCUUAAACCAUUCAUCCUAAGUGCCAGUAGUGAAUUGAGCAGAUCAUCCUCCUCUUUGUACACACCUGCAAAAGAAAAACGUUUACGUAAAACCAACCAUAAGGGAAAAACCGUAUCUAGCAAACAUUGCCAUUCCAGGAAAAAAGAGAAGGGAAAACAUCUGCUUGAUAUAUCUACUGGAAAGUAUAAGGGGGAUUUGCACAAUAGUUAUGCAUUGUCCAGAUGGAGGGAUAGGUCACGGAGUUCAGAUUGUUAUUCUCGUUCUUCUCGCAAUAAGAGCCACAACAAUCGUAGGAGGCAUUGCAGCAGAAACAGUCCCAGAAGUCUUGAAAAGAGCAGGCAUAAACGUAGGAGAGAAAGGAAGAGAUCCAGGAGUAGAGAUCGGAGUCUGUCUUGGAGGAGUAGGACUGUGUCACUAACUAGUGAAAGCUCUAGAGAGAUAUGUGAGUCCAGCUCUAGAAGCCGUAAUCUCAGUAGGGGAAGAUCACAAAGUCAUGAUCGCAACAAUGAUUUUUCCACCAACAACUAUCGCAAUUCUUAUCAGUGGGAAUAUACCUAUUACAGUCGAAAUCGGAAUAGAGAUGGCUACGAGCAGUCCUACAGGAGACGGACUUGUGGUCGAGGACAUUAUUCAAGACCCUCUGCUAGCCCAGAAUAUAAAAUUCAGUCUUACUCUGAAAAGAAAGAUACAAGAAGAGCGAGGGGCUAUAUUACCAGCAAACAAUAUCGCCGUGACAGAUACAGGUCAAGGAGUCGCUCAAGCAGUCCGAUGAAUACAUCAGGGACUGAGCAUACCAGAUCUGACAAACCAAGCGGAAAAAGAAAAUACAAAACCCACCAUUUAGAAAAGCAUAAAAGGGAAAGAAACAAUCGAGAAUCUUCAUCUGCCAAAGGAAAAGAGGGAGGUCUGCAAACCGUCAAGGCUUCUCUAGGCAAUCACACUGGGCAUUUUAAAAAUGAUUUAAUGGGUUCAUCCUCUGAACCUAAGCAGAAAUUAAAAAAAAAGACAAGAAGCCCAAGCGUAGAAAUAGUAUAUGAGGGCAAAGCAGCCGAAGGGGCAAAGCACCACAAAAAGAAGAAGAAAAAGAAGCACAAGAAAAAACGUCGUAGGGAACAAACUAGUUCUCCAGCUGCUUCUCCCAUUAUUAUCACCAUUGACAGUGGCAGUGACACACCAAUGGUAGAGGAUCUCCCAUCCAAUGACCACAACUCCCUGGUACCUGAAAACAAAACUAAUGUUGAAUCAAUCAACUUCCUGCACAGCCAGCCACCAGCUACCUCUGCUUCAGCAAGUACCACAGAGGUACUAAGUGGAGAAAGGGCAGACUCUGAUUUCAAAGCAUCUGUAAGUAAUAGACACUUAGAUGCUGCCACUGGAAUAUUGGAUGGUUUACAUUUUGAUGAUAGCUCUGAUGAACAAAAUCUUCUCCCUGUAGAAAGCCCUCCUUAUGUGCAGGAUCUUUGUGAAGAUGAACCUUCAGCAGCUGAAAGUUCCUUGCCAGAGCCUAAUCCUGUACUGGACAAUGUACCACCUACAUCAACUUCAGAAAUAUCUGAACUUCAUAAAAGCUUUACUGAGAAUAUAUGUGAAUUUGAUCUCUUACACAAUGUAACAUAGCACCUGUUUCAGGUUAAGACUUGUAGAUAAAAGACCGCUUUUUGAUUAAUGUUACCAAAUUCUGGCUUAAUGAAGACCUCUCUGCUUUGAUCAGUUUCAUCUCCUUUAUUUCCUAUUUUGUGUAUUUACACGCAAUAAUAAUAUAUCAUCAUUUCUGAAGCAACAUUUCUAUACCUGUACUGAUUUAAUUAGGUCAAGUGCAUACUAGGCAUAUCAAAGGCCUUAACUGAAGUGCGAAAUGAAAUGAUUAAAAGUGGUGCAUGAUAUUUUAUGUACAUUGUCAAAGCAAUACUAACAGCAGUGAAGUGCUGCGAUAGUGCAUCACUGUAUUGUGGGAGCUAGUGCAGCUCAAAAAUACUUCCCUGCUCAACAGAAUUCCAUAAAGAAUAGUGAAGUCCUGGGGCUGUAUUUUAUGGCACUCCUAUCUCCAAAAAAGAGUUUACAAAGGUCUCUGUCACUUUAGUUU